AUGAACCCUGCAAUCCUCUUGCCCUACCGCGACGCCUCCACCUUUGUUCCUCGCAUCGACCAAGCUCCUCGUCUCAUGCAGCGACAGCUACCAACUGCUGCCAACGCCGCCGUGGAAACAUACAUGAUGGAAAAGCCAACGGCCAGCAAGGACUCCUCCUGUGCCACUCCUCCGUCUCCCUCCUGCGUGGCGCAACAAAUGGUGUGUGAAGAGCCCCUGUUGACUCUCUUUGCAACCCGCGACGCGGCCGCCGUGGUCCUGCAACGAAUGGUGCGUGGGACACUGGCCCGUUGGAACGUGCGAGUGCUUCAACUCCAGCACAAACUGGCGGCCAUUCAAGCUCUCAAGGAGAAGCAAUUGCGCAAACUGCGUCAACGCACCGAGCAAACCAAGCGCGCCGUGAAAGCGCAACACGAAUACGUCGAAGAGCAUCGCGUAGUACGACGACGACUGCGACGGGCCAAAGUGCUGCGCACCAAGUUUGCCGAAGAAAAGGUCUUGCUACUGGAAGCCAAUGCACAGCUCCGAUCGCAAUGCCAACAGCUCGCCCAGAGCAACGACGAGUGUGCCCGAAUCCUUUCGACGUAUAUUCAAAAUAUGGAACUGGCACAGCAGAACUUGACCUGCCUCAAGGUCAAUCGCCUGCAUCUAUUGGAUACCUGUGACACGUACCGGACGAUUGUCGCUGUCUUUCAGCGUGUAGUGGGGACAGAUGAAGAACGGGAACCAAUUGCCGUUGCCGUUGAGUAA